AGACACUCAACGUCCUGGUUCACUCUCAUUCUGAGUGUCUCUCUAUCGUUGACAUCAGCUUCAGCAAAAUCAUCGUACAUGGCUCUGCUAAAGUCUUUCAUUGAGGUUCACCCAGAUUCUCACUUCCCUAUACAGAACCUCCCCUAUGGAGUCUUCAAGCCCCAACCCACUUCAUCUCCUCGUCCCGGCGUCGCCAUCGGCGACUACGUCCUCGACCUUUCCGAGAUCGCUUCUGCUGGUCUUUUCGAUGGCCCUCUCCUCAACAACUCCGAUUGCUUCAACCAGCCCAAUCUAAAUAAGUUUGUAUCCCUUGGAAGGCCAGCGUGGAAGGAAGCUCGUGCCACUCUUCAAAAGCUGUUAUCAGCAACUGAGCCAACCUUGAGGGACAAUGCGACUUUGAGGGAGAAGUCCCUUGUGCCUUUGAGUAGUGUGGAAUUGCUUCUCCCUGUUGUUGUUGGGGACUACACUGACUUCUUUUGCUCUCUGCAUCACACCAAAAAUUGCGGGGUCAUAUUUCGUGGACCGCAGACUCCUGUUCUAGAUAACUGGUAUCGCCUGCCUGUUGCCUACCAUGGAAGAGCAUCUUCUGUUGUUAUUUCUGGAACUGAUAUUGUUCGACCAAGAGGUCAAGCUCAGCCAACUGGUGGCUCAACACCCUACUUUGGCCCUUCAUUAAAGCUUGACUUUGAGUUGGAAAUGGCAACUAUUGUUGGACCUGGAAAUGAAUUGGGAAAACCUGUGGAUAUUAACAAUGCUGAAGAUCAUAUCUUUGGACUUGUUCUUAUGAAUGAUUGGAGUGCUCGAGAUAUUCAGGCAUGGGAAUAUAUUCCUCUCGGCCCUUUUCUUGGAAAGAAUUUUGGCACAACAAUAUCACCUUGGAUUGUGACCUUGGAAGCAUUAGAACCUUUUGCUUGUGAAGCCCCAAAACAGGAUCCUCCUCCACUUCCAUACUUGACUGAAAAAGUAUCCAAAAACUAUGAUAUUUCCCUAGAGGUUUAUCUUAAACCUGCUGGGCAUGAAGUUUCGAGUGUAGUGACACGGAGUAAUCUAAAGCACUUAUAUUGGACAUUGACCCAACAACUUGCUCACCAUACGAUCAAUGGUUGCAACCUGAGGCCAGGCGAUCUCCUUGGAACUGGAACAAUUAGUGGUCCUGAGCAAGAGUCCCGUGGAUGCUUGCUAGAGUUAACGUGGAAUGGACAAAACACACUGUCCUUGAAUGGAUUAAAUCGGAAAUUUCUUGAAGAUGGAGAUGAAGUCAUCUUAACUGGAUGUAGCAAGGGAAAUGGUUACACUGUUGGGUUCGGUAAUUGCUCGGGCAAGAUUGUUCCCGCAGCUCCCUGAGGACAGCAGCAUUAUUCCAUGCUCUUAGUUGUGGUGGGAUGGGAGAGAUGUUGAAGUUGUACAAUCGGAAACCUGAGCUGGGCUCAUUUCCGCAUAUGGAUUAAUAAGUGUUUUCUUUUGUGUGUGUGUGUGUGUAAACCCAGCGGUGGAUUUAAUAAAAUUGGCUUUUAUGAGGGCCAUAAUUUUCUUU